UGCAAUUCGGCCCACACAGGUGUGGCACCAAAGGUGUACGUGUAAGUCAGCUGACCGUUAUCGCGGAUAUACUAGCUGCAGAUCCGCUUUCAUUUAAUUACACGCCAUGAGUCUACUAGCACGAUUUAUACUUGCCGUUGUAGUUGUUAGCUGCACGCAGGCUGCCACAGCGGGCACGACGUGCCGGAGUUCCUAUGCUUGUGGAUCGAACCACUGCUGUCGUGACGCCGGUAACCACGUCAUCUCAACGGCGGAAGGCAAUGGUCCAGGGGGAAUAUUCGGCGGACCAAUUUUGGGCUCACCUGCGUCUGGAACCUGUGUAGCAGGGAAAGCCCAGAAGGGGGAGAUGUGUGACGGCACAUGCCAGUGUGACACAGGUUUAUCCUGCUACCGCCCUAUGUCCGGUAUCUGCUGCCCAUCAUCAACCUGCGUUGACGCUAGUUACGCACAAAAACAACACGAAUACUGGUCCAACUGCAUGAAAAAUCCACACUGCUAUCUACCUGCAUAAACCGGAAUACACAAACCAUCUGUGGGGAACUACAUAGGCGUCGGGUGGCAACAACUGGAGGAGUGGGAGGUGGGAAGGGAGGGGAGGGGGAUGGUAAAUAUGAUUGUGAUGUUCAACUGGGAUUGUAGUGCAUUAUAAGUUGAGUUCAGGGUUGGGGCAGUGCUUACGACGCUUAUGUAGCCUAUAUGAUUAUUAGUGAGAAAUAAUAAAGUUAUAUAGUGUGCAAACUG